AUGGAGANGGCUGCUCCGGCAGGCGGUAAUGGCGGCGGCGGCGGCAAUGGAGGUAAAAAGAAGAAAAAGAAGGGGAAAAAGAGUAAUACAACCAACGGUGAGGGUGCAAACGGAGGCGAUGCACCGGCGGGCACCGGAUCUCCUAUGGUUACUGGGGAGCUUGACCCACGUACUGGGCCGAUGAAUCUCAGCCGUCCACUUCCGCAGGAAUACCCAUAUCCACCAUCCUUUUAUCCACCACCAGUAUAUGGGUUAAGCUACAAUGCUUCGUAUCCAAGUACUAGCUCUUCCUAUUAUAUGCCACCACGGUAUGCUUAUACUCAUGACCCACGACCCUAUAGGUACCCACCACCACCUCCACCGUCUGAUCCGAUUGGGACAUAUAACGAUGAUCAUGAAUAUGAUGAUGAUGAAGGUGGGUGCUUUAUCAUGUGA